CAUCGCGCUGCGUCCCCAGCUUGCCCAGGAGCAAGAUCGCCUUCAAGCUGGCGGCAGCCAUGGUUCACAUACAGAAAGGCGAGCUGACUCCGGAGGAAAAGGAGCUGCUGGAGGCCAUCGGGAAAGGUACUGUUCAAGAAGCUGGGACACUAUUAUCCAGCAAGAAUGUUCGUGUCAACUGUUUGGAUGAGAAUGGAAUGAGUCCUCUGAUGCACGCAGCGUAUAAGGGAAAACUUGACAUGUGCGAGUUGCUACUGCGCCACGGAGCCGACGUAAAUUGUCAUCAGCACGAACAUGGCUACACGGCCCUCAUGUUUGCCGCGCUCUCGGGUAACAAAGACAUCACAUGGGCCAUGCUGGAAGCUGGGGCAGAGACGGAUGUGGUCAACUCCGUAGGCAGAACAGCAGCUCAGAUGGCAGCCUUUGUGGGUCAACAUGACUGUGUGACCAUAAUCAACAAUUUCUUUCCACGAGAGAGACUGGAUUAUUACACCAAGCCCCAGGGACUGGAUAAAGAGCCAAAGCUGCCCCCGAAGUUGGCAGGCCCGCUGCAUAAGGUCAUCACCACCACGAACCUUCACCCUGUCAAGAUCGUGAUGCUGGUGAAUGAGAACCCCCUGCUGGCGGAAGAAGAGGCCCUGAAAAAGUGCUACAGAGUGAUGGACUUGAUCUGUGAGAAGUGCAUGAAGCAGAGAGACAUGAACGAAGUGUUAGCCAUGAAAAUGCACUACCUCAGCUGCAUCUUUCAGAAAUGCAUGAACUUCCUAAAAGAUGGAGAGAACAAACUGGACACCUUGAUCAAAAGCUUGCUAAGGGGCCGCGCUGCUGACGGCUUCCCAGUGUAUCAAGAGAAAGUCGUGAGAGAGAGCAUCAGGAAGUUCCCGUACUGCGAAGCCACGCUCCUGCAGCAGCUGGUGCGAAGCAUCGCCCCUGUGGAAAUUGGCUCCGAUCCCACUGCAUUCUCCGUCCUCACCCAAGCCAUCACUGGGCAGGUGGGUUUUGUGGAUGUUGAAUUUUGCACCACCUGUGGAGAAAAAGGAGCAAGUAAACGGUGUUCAGUUUGCAAAAUGGUAAUCUACUGUGAUCAAACCUGCCAGAAGACACACUGGUUUGCGCAUAAGAAAAUCUGUAAGACUCUGAAGGACGUCUACGAGAAGCAACAAUCAGAAGCUGCCAAAGAGAAGAGUCGAGAGGAGACCAAUGGCAAACUUGACGUCAAUUCCAAUUGUGUGGAUGAAGAGCAGCCAGAAGCCGCAGUGGGAGACCCCCAGGAGGAUCCCAGUCCGAAGGACUGUGUGGACGGGGAGAAAGAGCCUCGCCCGAGUGAGGCUGGGGUGGAAGGCGGACGGGAUGGCCCCGCAGAUCCACAGGCGUCUGAGGAGUGAAACGCACUGCAGGUGUCUGCACGGAUGGCCCACACCCUGGCUGGCAGCCCGGAAACUCUUGUGACUGUGUCCUUGAUGCCCGUGACACCUGCAUGGCCCCAGGCGGGACUCCACAUUGCGUAGAAUAGAGGCUUUCUCCGGUAGCCUGUUGGCCUCACCCUCACGUCUGCUUCGUGGCUGUUCUACGAUAGAACAGAUAUUCCCUAUGGAAAACGUUUGCUUUCAAAACCCAGAGAAACCAUGUCUAGGCCCUUUUGGAGGCCGGCUCCCCAGCCGUGGCUCUCAAAGGAAAAUAAAUCCCCUGUAAGAUGAAAAUGUUACCUCCAGGGAACAAAGGGACCAGCAGAGUGGACGUGGGGGAGAGGAGAUUUUCAGGGAAGGCAGAGGCGCGAAGCCUGACAUGGAACAUUGGAAAACUGUAACUUACGUGUGGAUCAAGGUCAUCGAAAGAGCGUUCACAGGAGCAAGGUUCCACUUUGUAAGACGCAGCGAGAUGGUGCAAAGCUGGAGGCUUCAGUGCCGCAGCCGAGCUAAUUUUAGUUUUCCAUAGAAAUUAUCCUGGGCAGUCUAACUUGAGGCAGUUCCUAGCAUCGGGACCUUCAGAAAUGUCAGAUGCCUCAGAAAGAAAGAAGGCCUCGCCAGGAUAUCUCAGCAUGUGCUUAAAAAAAAAAUUGUUCCUGAACCUUCUGAUUAAAUGAUGCACUAAACACAGUAUGUACACAAUUAAUGUAAAACAAAUUCCUGUGCCAUACUCUGCCCAACUCUGUCUUCCUUGCAAGCUUUUCAGGGGGAUCCUGCUGUCCAGAGACUGACGGCUCAUUUAGAAAAGAUGCCACCAUCCACGUGUAGCCACCCUGGUGUCUGAGCAGAGCUAGAAUGUGAUGUCUGAAGAUAGUGCUGUGUCUCCGAGGCUGCUUUCGUGCUGAUUUUAAAAUAAAUUGUGCCUACUGAUACAAACAGCUCA